UCAGUAGCUUCUGGUCGCAUUUCUUACCUGCUCGGCCUCAUCGGUCCGUGUUUCCCCGUCGAUUCUGCGUGCUCGGCUUCUCUUGUUGCGGCGCAUCUCGCAUCGUGCAAACAAGCGUGUGUUGCCGCGGGAGGCAUCCUCGAAGCAGGCAUGUAUGUUGCAUUCAGCGUUGCUGGUAUGUUGUCGAAUCACGGGCGCUGCCACUCAUUUGAUAGCCGCGCCGACGGAUAUUGUCGUGCCGAAGGCUGCGGUUGCGUGUGUAUUUUUAACACAUCCGCCAUCACUGAUGAAGAGAUUUUUGUAAUGCACCUUGGAUCGAGCUGUCUGCACAACGGGCAGAGCGCAACGUUCACCGCAUUAAAUGGUUCGUCACAGAAGAAUUUGUUGCUUCGCGCUGGGCCGGCCAACGCUCGUUUUAUUGAAGCCCACGCCACUGGCACUUCUCUGGGCGACCCUGUGGAAACGAGCUCUCUGGCUGAUUUGUUCAAGUCACAGAGUGUCUCGAUUACUUCUCUCAAAGGAAACUUGGGACAUAUGGAAGGCACGGCUGGUGUCAGUGGCUUGCUGAAUCUCAGCAACAUGCUUGAGCUUCGGGCAGUUGCUGCUAAU